AUCCAGCAGGAGGACCGGCUGUGGUGAUGAGGUUCUUAGAUGUCAUUAAACUGCCCCUCCUUUUUUGUGCUCACGGUUCAGGUCUUCCAACAGUGUACUCAUCAGGACUAUAACUGAGGCCAUCUACCUUGCUGCUAGUCAUCCUUGUCUUCUCUGUCCUUCCACUUUUGCCAGCAUUGGAGCUUUCUCCAGAGAGUUAAAUCAUCACAUAAUGUGUCUGAAAUAGGAUAACAUGAGUCUGGUCAUUUGCGCCUCUGGUGAGCUUUUUGGAUUGAUCUGUAAGAUGAUCCAUCAGUUUGUUUCUUGACCAUCCACCAUAUUCUCAAGAGUUUUCUCCAGUACCAAAGUUGAAAGGUUUAAAAUUUUAAAAGUGAACCUCUUCCUAUCCUGCUUCAAGAAUGGGUGACCUACUAAAAAAAGAAAUAAAGGCAAAAGAAAAAUAAACAGUAACUCUCCACGACAAUUGAGAAAUUAUCUUUUUUUGUGAGGAGAAAAUCCUGAAGUAUAGUCCACUGCAACUUUACUUGGAACUUUUACUGUGUUCAGUUCAUUUGCUGAGAAUGAAGAUGCUCUUUUGCGACACUUGUUUCGCGGAUAUCAGAAAUGGAUCAGGCCAGUAAAACAUGCUAAUGAUACUAUAAAGGUAUAUUUUGGACUGAAGAUCUCUCAGCUUGUAGAUGUGGAUGAAAAAAAACAGUUAAUGACAACUAAUGUAUGGCUGAAACAGGAAUGGAUCGACCAUAAAUUGUGCUGGAAUCCUGAAGAUUAUGGUGGGAUCACUGCAAUUCGGGUUCCAUCUGAAUCUCUCUGGCUCCCUGAUAUUGUUUUAUUUGAAAAUGCUGAUGGGCGAUUUGAAGGUUCAUUGAUGACAAAAGCAAUAAUUAAGUACAAUGGGAUAGUAGUAUGGAGACCUCCAGCCAGUUAUAAAAGUUCCUGCACGAUGGAUGUGACCUUUUUCCCAUUUGACAGGCAGAAUUGCUCCAUGAAAUUUGGAUCAUGGACCUACGAUGGCAACAUGGUUGACCUGAUCCUAGUAGACGAAAAUGUGGAUAGGACAGACUUUUUUGAUAACGGGGAAUGGGAAAUCCUAAAUGCCAAAGGAAUGAAAGGAAACCGAAAAGACGGAUUAUAUUCCUACCCAUUCAUCACCUAUUCUUUUGUUUUAAGACGCCUCCCACUGUUCUACACACUUUUCUUAAUAAUUCCAUGCCUAGGGCUAUCCUUUUUAACAGUGCUCGUGUUUUACUUGCCCUCGGAUGAGGGAGAGAAACUAUCACUCUCGACCUCUGUUUUAGUUUCCCUCACAGUUUUUCUCCUGGUCAUUGAAGAAAUCAUCCCCUCUUCCUCCAAAGUCAUACCCUUGAUUGGCGAGUACUUGUUGUUCAUCAUGAUUUUUGUCACCCUUUCAAUCAUUGUGACAAUUUUUAUAAUUAAUGUGCACCAUCGUUCCUCGGCCACCUACCAUCCCAUGGCUCCCUGGGUGAGAAGACUUUUCCUACAGAAACUGCCCAAGCUGCUCUUCAUGAAAGGACACGUCGAUCGCUGUGCUUUCGCGGAUCCAGAAGGAACUCUAAAACCAAAACUGAGGAAGUAUAAAAACAAACAAUUGAAAGAUGGAGAAAAGGUGGUGGUGGCGUUCUUGGAAAAAGCUGCCGAUUCCAUUAAAUAUAUCUCCAGGCAUGUCAAAAAGGAGCACUUCAUUAGGCAGGUAGUGCACGACUGGAAGUUUGUAGCUCAAGUUCUUGACCGGAUCUUCCUGUGGCUGUUUUUGGUGGUAUCUGUGAUCGGGUCUGUUCUUAUAUUUACUCCUGCUUUGGAGAUGUGGUUGCAUACUGGUUUGUAGGAAUAAAACCAUCAAUCAUGUAAGAAUCAACUGGAGGAAGGAAACAGAAGAUCAAGAUGCCUGGUUUGGUAACAUUCAGUGUGCACAGAAUCAACAGGAAUGUCAUUGACACCCAACUAUGCUGUGCAGAUUCAGAUCAAGUUUUAGAUUAAAUCUUUUAGCUACUAAACUCGUGAGAUGGGCAUGGAUUGCACAAAUGACUACUUUCACCUAUAUUUAUUGAAUUUAUAGGCAUUUAUCUGUUUACCAAAAUGCUAUAGAAAAACAGAUAAAAAUAUAAAUAUAAGAAUAUAAGAGUUUUACAUACUGUAUGUUCAUCACCUUGAGUUACUUAUAAAGUAAUAAAGGCAGGAUAAAAUAAAAUCUAAUAAAUAAAAUUGGUAUUUCAGCAUUAGAAACUUAGAUUAUUUCUUGUUUUAGUUUACAUGACAGAUGUUGCAUUUUGUUGAACUUUAGUUUUUAUCAGCUCAAACCAAUAAGACCAGAGUUAUAGUUCAGUUUAAACUGUAAUAGCUUUUCCCCCAAAUAAUCUUUAAACCUCAAAGAACAUUCCAUGAGUUGUUUUCUGCUCAUUUAUUGGGAAUUUUUCAAACUAUUCUCUGACCGAACCCCUCCCUCAUGCUUCCAAAAUGUUGAUACUUGUGCAAAUGAAGGAAAUUGGUCGCCGGUUUCCCCGUAGAUGGAUGUAACUUAACAUUUAAUUUUAAAAGUCCCAUUUUUUUUAAAAAAAAGAAAAUGUUAAAGAAGUCCGCAAAAAUCAUGAGGAAAGAUUUAUGUAACUGGUCUUUCCACCAUAUUUAAUAAUCAAAUUUCAGAAUUCACUUUCCAAUAUUAUACUGACACCAACUGUUGUUGGAAAGAUGACAAUUUAUUGCACUAUUUUUUUAAAAAAGAUAUUUGUGCAUAAGAUUUAUAAAAAGUAAAUGUUAUAAGCACAGAUUUUAUAUUUUCACACAUUGGAGAUAUAUAAAGCAUUAAUAAAGCCUGAAUGUACGCGUUUAAAUGUGAUGAGCAGCAAUGUCCCUAUACAUUAGUUUUUGAAAUGAACUUGAGGACAUAAUCUUUUUCCAUCACUUCAAUUCUCACUUUCUCAAAAGCAUCAUACUAUUUAAAUUAACAGGAUUUGCUUUUGAUCACCCCGCUAAAACAUUUUGUGAAGCUUACAGACCAGUGUUUCUCAGCCCCUUUAAGCUAUGUGGAUUCAACUCCAAGAAUUUCCCAGCCAGUAUGGCUGGCCAGGAAAUUCUGGAAGUUGAAGUCUACACGACUUAAAUAUGUUGAAACUGAGGAGGACUGUUACAGAUUAUCAGUACUGCAGGAUCCAAUCUGAAUCGGUCACCAAGACAAGAGGUUUAGCCUUCCAAGCUUUUGGACUCAUGCUGGAGCCCAUCCUCAGGGA